AUGUUCUUAUCUCUCGUUCUUUUCGUGAACGUCACUUUCUUUAUGCUUUCGUGUUUGCUUUCAUCCUUUUCCUCUCUUCCUUUCUUUUGCAAUUUCUGCUUUUUUCUUUCUUUCGUUGUUGUCCUCAUCUCCUUCCUAACUCUUUCAGCUAUCACCGUCUACUCCUCUUAUCCCCCCCCCGUUUCUACGUUUCCCUCUUUCUCAUUGUUGCCCUUCACAUCUUACCUUACCUUCUCUUUCUUCUAUCACUGUUUCCUCUUCUCUUCAUCACUCUCGCAUUUUUCAACUUCUUCGUCAUGCCUCCUUUUUUUCCUCCUUCCCUUCAUUUUAUUCUAUCGCUAUUUCCUCUACUUUUCUCUUUUCCCUUUCCUCACCCUAACCUCUUUUUCUUCUAUUGCAACUUCCUCUUCCCCACUUCCUUGCGUCUAUUAUCGUCUUCUUUUUCUUUUCUUUCCCUCCAUUUUUAGUUCCGAUUUUUUUCCUUUCCUUGCCCAUCUCUCUCUACAAACUAUUUCUCUCUCUUUUAUCUCUGUUUCCUCCUCCUCUUCUCCCUCUCUCUCAUUCUCCCUCCCUCCCUCUCUCUCACCCUCCCUCCCUAUCUCUCUCUCUCUCACUCUCCCUCCAUCUUCUCUCUCUCACUCUCCCUCCCUCUCUCAUUCUCUCUCCCUCCCUCUCUCUCACUUUCCCUCCCUCUCUCUCAUCUCUCUCCUCCCUCCCUCUCUCUCUCCCUCCCUCCAUCUCUCUCCUCUCCCUCCCUCUCUCUCAUUCUCUCCCUUCCAUCCAUCCCUCCCUCUCUCUCUCUCUCUCUUCUCUCUCAUUCUCUCUCCCUCCCUCUCUCUCACUUUCCCUCCCUCCCUCUCCCCUCCCCUCCCCCCUCUUACAGUUUCUAUUUUUUGGUCUUUUUCUCCUUUUCUCAUCCUUCUCUCUUUUUCCUUUAUCGCCGUCUUCUCCUUUCUUUUUCUCUCUCUUUUGCAAUUUCUGAUCUCUCCCCCCUCUCUCUCUCCUUUUUCUUUAUUCUCUUCUUUUUUCUUUCUCUGUCAUCGUUGUCAAAUUGGUCUCUCUUUUCCGUUUGUCACUCAAUGUUUUCCUCUCUCCCUGUUUUCUUUCCUACCCUUUCCUCGACACGUUCUUUUAUUCUGUCUCCGUUGCCCUUUUUUCUUUUCCCUUUCUUUCUAUUACCCCUCCCCCCCCAUCAGUAAUCCAUAUAUUCCUACACUUUUCGAUUUUCUCUUCUCUUUCUUCCGCGCUCGACUACUUAUAUUCUUCUUAUCUUUAGCUCCUUCUUUUCUUCUAUUACUAUGGCUAACUAAGUCUGGUAUAAGGUUAGAAGACUCUCAUAGCGGCCAAAGUUCAGAAACGAACACCCACCUAAGUCAUGAUCUGUUCCUCAAUGUUUUCUUUAUCACCACCUCUCUUUUCUUCCUCUUCUUCUUCUUAGUAUUAUUAUUAUUCUUUCUUUCUUUCUUUCUUUCUUUCUUUCUUUCUUUCUUUCUUUUCUCUUUCGUUCUUUCUGCUGUAUCCCUUUCUUUCAUCGUUUUCAUUAUUUCUUUCGUUCCGUUUUUUCAUUCAUUCUUCGGUCUUUUGCUUUCUUUCGUCGCUAUUUUUGUUCCUUUUUCUCCCUACAGGCUAAUUGUCUCUCGUUCGUUUUCUUCUUCUUCUUCUUCUUCUUCUUAUUAUUAUUAUUAUUAUUAUUAUUAUUAUCUUUCAUUACAGAGCCGCUUAUUUUCAUCUUUUUGCGUUUGGGUAAUUGUUUCCUUUUCUUCUUUUUUCUUCUUCUUCUUAUUUCGUUCUUUCUUUCUUUUUGUCUGUCUUUCUUUUUUUCCUUCACUCUAA